CUAGGGCUCUUUUUGCUCGUAAAGGUCAACCCCUGGGCCCAUUACUACUCGCCCGAUCAGCUUCCUGCAGGGCGGCCACCAGGCGACCGCCCAGCCGCCGCCGGCAGACCUGGCCUCGCAGCUCGGGGCGCUGCAGCUGGGCGCCGCUGCGACCUCCGCAGCGCAGCCCAGCGCCUUCCCGUUCACCAGCGAGGCGGGUGUGGCGGCCCUGUCGGCCCCGGCAGCCACUCCGCCUGCGGCGGCAGCCACACAGGUGGCCCCGCUGCCCCAGCAGGCUCAGCCCGCUCAGCUCGCCGCGUCGCUCGACCUCUCGGCGCUCUACCAGCAGCAGGCAGCCCUGCCCCAGCAGCAGGCCCAGAACCACUUCGCCGCACUGACGUCGCCCCCGCCCCCGCCCGUGCACAUGGCCGCUGGGCCUUGCUACACAGCCAUGGGUGGCAUGGGCGGAGUCUGCCCAGCAAUGGGCUCCACCAUGGGUGCCGCCAUGGGCUCCACAGCGGGGGGCGCCAUGGGCUUCAUGAUGGGUGCUGGCAUGGGCGCCGACAUGCAGAGUGGCAUGGUGGCUGGUGCAAGCAAUGGCUGCGGCACGUCUGGCGGUGUGCCCGCGGGCAUGCAUGCCACUGCCAUGGGGCCUUGCAUGGGUGCCGGCAUGCGGAGCACGCAGGGCUGCGCUGGUGUGGGCAUGCAUGCUGGCACAGGAGCGGGGCCGCAGACCGGGAUGCUAGGCGGAAUGGCGCCGCAGUUCGGUGGGCUGAUGCAGGCGAGCGCCACGCAUGGAGCGCCAGCUGCUGUCCCGUCCGUCGCCGGCUUGCCGCUAGGCUUCGCGAGCGCCUCUAGCGCGUCGUCCGCCCGCUCGCCCGGCGCCGACGCCUUCAGCUUUCUCGGCGGCCUGGGUGGCGUCUCCGGCGGCCUCCACGCAGGGGCGCUUCAGCGCACGGCCCCGCCAACCCCGCCUUCCCAGCACGCCAGCGCACCCACGGACUCGUUCGGGACCAUCGACGCCUUCUCCGCAUUCGGCGCGCAGAAAACGCCCGCGCCGCAGGCACUGGAGGCGGUUCGCGGCGCGGCCGCGGCGGAGGCGGCCGCAGCCGCGGCCGCCGCGGAGCAGCGCAUCCGGGAGGACGGCCCGCCGACGCCCACCCUCGACAGGUGUUGUCUCUGGUGCGUGUUGGUCUGGUUGCUGCUGUUGGGUUACGUCCUGCUGGUCACUAUUUUGGUCCAUGUCCAAGCGGGCACAGUGGUCGUACUCCUCGUCCUCGUCGUGCAGGUUGAGCGAAGACUUCGUGCCAUCGGCGUCGGGUACAACAUCAUGGGGCGCAAGGCAGGCGACAGCGGGGUGGACGCGGCACCAGCUGCCAAGCAGGGCAGGCUGAAGGACCAGGUCGAGAAGCAGAGCAGCGGCAGCAGGGAGCAGAUCCGCUACCUGCGGGUCAAGGCGUGCUGGUGCGACCGCAAGAGCCAGCAGAAGGCCACGAGUCUCAAGCUCCAACUCAUGAUGAGCCCCACCGCGCGGUCGAGCUGCGUCAAGGACAUGAACACCCAGGAGAGCAGCAUCCCACUCCACCAGGCGGUGCGCGCGGCCAUCCGCAGCCAGGCAGGAGAGUACCGCGCGGGAGGAGCCUCUCGCGGGGCGCUUGAGCGAGAGGCAGAGAGGCUCAUGCGCAAGUUAGGCCUCCAGGACGGCAGGAGCCAGAAGGAGAAGGGGCUGGACAGGGUGGUGCCGCAGGUGGGCAGCUCGGCGUUCCCUUUCGCUGUCCCACCGUCGGCCAGAGAGGGCACCUUCCUUCCAGCGGUGCUCGCAGGAAGGCGCAGGGUGCGCAGCCUAGAGCCAGGCUCGGAGCUGGUGCACAGGGUCUCGGGGACGCACGAGCACAGGUCGGCACGAAGCCGGGGAGAGGACCUGUCGAACAUCAGUUGCCUGGCCAACGAGGCCCGCGGCCCGACGGGCACGGAGAGCCUCGAGGCGCUGCGGGACCUGGUCGAGUCGCUCGAGUCCGUUUCCGCGCGCGUGGCGGCGUUGGAGGCCUCGCCCCACCACGGCGCCGGGCCGCCGUACCGGGGGAGCCCAGUCUCGCCCGCGGGCAGCCAGCUGGCGAUCAGCCUGCUCUCGGAGCGCCUGGACACGCUCGAGGCGGAGGUGCCCGCGGCGCACGGCCGGCUCGGCGAGAGCCUGCUCGCGCUGUGGUCCGCGGUGCGAGAGAUCUCCAGCGAGCUGGCUUCGUGCGGCGUCGGCGGAGAUCACGCGGACCGCAGCGAGGACAAGCACCUUCUCCGAGGGUUCAUGCCUGCGGGGCGGUGCGCGCUGCGCACGUCAGUGAAUUACAAGAACCAGUAUGCUCUGGGGCAGUGGAGUCGCGAUGACGGCCCCCGGGUGCGUUGCCUGUGCCUGGAAGGCAAGAAGAGCGCGGGCACUCCGUGGCAGCGCGUGGAGCGCGGUCUCUGCAAAGGCCAGGGCGAAGAAGAGCUGAAGAAGCACCUGAAGUGUUCCCGCUGCGGCCAGGAGAAGUUGAUGGUCGAAUUUGCCAAGACGGGUAGGAACGCCGAGGAGCGGAAGUGCAAGACGCAAGAGGAGGAAAGACAGCGCACCGAGGAAGCAAAAAAGGCGGCGUGCUCCAAAUGUGGGGAGUCGAAGAGUAAGGGUACGUUUUCUGCGCGCAUGUUGAGGAACGCGACCGAUGCGCCGAUUGCGCGUGCCAAGUGCGUCGACGCUGCGGCUGCGCAACGGGGCAUGGCGGCGGGGAAGGGCGCGAGGGCUUGCGUUGUGUGCGAGGUGGCGCAGCGGCGUGGCUGUUUUUCGAAGUGGGAGGGCGCGGCCGAUCGAGGCCGCGAGCGCAAGCGCUGCGUCGACGCCGCGGCUGCGCGACGGGACAUGGCGGCGAGGAAGGACGCGCGGGGCUGCGUUGUGCGCGGGGUGGCGCAGAGGCGCGAACGCGUUGCGGAGCGGGCGCGGGAGGGCGUGGCCGAUAGAGACCGCCGGCGCAAGCGCUUUGUCGACGCCGCGGCUGCGCGACGGGACAUGGCAGCGAGGGAGGACGUGCGGGGCUGCGUUGUGUGCGGGGUGGCGAGGAGGCUUGACUGUUUUUCGGAGUGGAUGUGGGAGGGCGUGGCCGAUCGAGACCGCGAGCGCAAGCGCUGCGUCGACGCCGGGGCUGGGCGACGGGACGUGGCGGCGAGGAAGGGCGCGCGGGGCUGCGUUGUGCGCGGGGCUGCACAGCGGCGUGAUUUUUUUCUGUGA